AUGGGAUGGAGCUCGAGAUCAGUCAAACAAGGACUUAUGGAUGAGGAGCAAACGGUUAUUACCGCUCAACCUAUUUAUAUUUAUUUUAGAUUAUUUCCGACAAGGUAGUGGGUCGAAGUGAUUCGGCCAAGUUCUCGGAGACAUGGAAACAAAACUUUAUGCACCAUCCUUCCUGGUGCGAUGCCGACAUGUGCCUUCAGCAAAUAGAAGCGGUACGUAUUCCUUAUAUAAUGGGUGAAUUCUUAUUUUCCGUAUUUUAGGGAAAUGCAUCGGGUAAUACGAUCGCUUUGUAUUCAAGAGCGUUCUUUCAACAAUGCCUGUAUUAUAUGGGUGCUUUUGUCCAGAAAAACCCGAAGAAGAUCUUGUUUGCGGGAAUCGUCGUAUUCACAGCUUUUUUGUUGGGUCUGCAAUACGUGGUGAUCGAGACGGAUAUUGUAAAACUAUGGGUAUCACGUGAGUUUCUUUCUUUUUUUUAACAUUCCGUUUAGAGGGUGGUCGACUGGACGAAGAAUUAAAUUAUUUGAAUCGAAUCCGAAAUGAAUAUCAUCGUAUUCACAAACGGGCAGCCCAGAUCACCGCACCUCCGAUCAAACCCAAUGUUACGAUGAGGAAACCAGAUAUAAAAAUUGAAGCCCCAGAAAUACCCUCAGGAAAUGGACUUGGAGGAGGUUUCCAAGUGCUAAUUCAGACGCCACAGAUCAAAGGAAAGAACUUGCUGACUAAGGAAGGGUUGCUGCAACACGUAAAGAUCAUGCAGGAAGUUGCCCAGUACAAGAUCGAGAUGUAUGGAGAGUAAGUUCACUUCCUUUUUGGGCUAUUGUUGCAGAACCUGGACUCUGGCUGAUAUUUGUUUCAAACCUCCCGCUCCCAAACUCCCUGCGGGCACAUUGAAUGGAGCUAUCGAGACCCUGUUGGAGAAGAUUAUCCCUUGCAUUUGGAUCACUCCCAUCGAUUGUUAUUGGGAAGGAGCCAAGCCUUUAGGGCCUGAUCCCCCAUUGGUUCUAGGGGAAGAAAUUACCACUUUCAUAAAUUCGUUGCCUAAGGGAAAUAUUACUUGGAAGAAUCUGGAUCCAGGAAAGGUCGUCAGGGAAGUCUCUCAACUUCUUGAAUUGGGCUUGGUGGAGAAUUUCUUCGAGAGAGCAGGUAUUGGAUCUGCUUAUCUGGAUCGGCCUUGCAUUGAUCCUCUUGAUCCCGAAUGUCCUCCAGAAGCUCCAAAUAACUUUAAUCGAUGCAAAGCUUUCGAGAAGUUUAUGAUCUGGAAUGAGGCUCUGCCCCAAAGCGAGAGGGUGAAAUUAGAUGAAGAAGUAGCCUUCAACAGCACUGGAAUUAAAAAUGCAAACGAGAUUGAUCUUGUGGGACAAUUGUUUGGAGGCCGGAAGAAGAGAGCCGCCUCCAAUGCUACCACUUCGGAUGAUUACUAUGACUCCGAAAAUGAUUAUGCCACUGAUCAUAGUAAGAGUAAGGAGUUUUACGGGUGUAGAUAUGUUUGUUUGUUAUAUAUAUAUAGAUAACAUAUUGCAGGUGAAAAGAAAGAAGAUCCUAAAGCGGUUUUAUGCCAGAAGUACGGAAAAAGUUUCUUGAAAUGGAUGGAUAAAAAUCAAGGGAAAUGGAAAAUGUUCCUGGAAAUGGUACUCAUUUAUAAAUUUUCAUUUUAAUUUUUUUAAUGGAACUGUUUUUGUUGUCCGCGAAAAAACUUCUCACUGUGCGCACUUUUUUAUGCACAACAUUUAGCGGCAAUUUUGAUGUAAAUUCUUCGUUAAACGACUAACAUGUGAUUCUACUCUUACUCCACAGGAUUUCACGGCUUAGAUAUCUUUUUGAGCAGCUUACUUAUUAUACAAACUGUUUUAUUUGCGGACAGUGAAAAGCGCGUCGUUUCUUUAAUUGCUGUGUUAAUCAUAUUUUUAGGAGCAUUUCCCCAAAUAUCCGGAUUAUGGUCAGGUCAUGACUGGAGGAUGUCUUGGAUUUGGAAAGAAUAUUAUGAAAUGGCCCGAGGACUUGAUUAUCGGAGGAGUCAAACAUAACGAUCAUCACGUGACUGAAGCUGCGGCUUUCCAGUCAGUCUUCUUGGUGGCUGGAGCUGGAGAUGUCUAUAACAGAUUCAGAGCAACGAAGGGAAACUUAAAACCAAACCUUGACCGAAGCACGUUCACCAUUGGACAGGCCAAUGACAUUGUUCAGACUUGGCAGAGAAACUUCACCAAGAAAAUCUACGAUCACAAACUUAAUCAUGAUGUACGUAUUUUUUUAAUAAGUUGAGACUGGUUAUUAAGAUAUGAUGAAUGUUUUGUUAUUUCAGAGCAACAUCAGGACCUUGCAUCCUUUGGCUUCAACUUCCGUGGCCGACAUGUUGGAAGAGUUCAGUCAGUUUAAAUUUCUCAUCAUAUUCGUCGGAUAUGUGUUGAUGAUCAUUUAUGCUGGAUGGUCUCAAUGUAGGUUUGACGGCUGCUGGUUCUCCGUAGAUUCUGCAUGUCAGUUGGCCAUCUGGGGAGUCCUUCUAAUCACUUAUUCAUCUAUCGGAGGUCUCGGAUUUUCGACUUUAUUGGGUAUCAAUUUCAACGCCGCGACAACUCAAAUUGUUCCCUUUUUGACACUCGGUCUUGGUAUUGAUGACAUGUUCUUGCUUCUUCACAAUUACAAUGGAGUUCUUCAAAGCGUUAAGAGCAAAGAAAUUGCCAUCUUGAUGAAGGAGACUGGGAUGUCCAUCUUGAUCACCUCCACCAACAACAUCCUCGCCUUCACCACGGGAAUCAUCCUCCCAAUUCCGGCACUCCGAUCGUUCUGUCUGCAGACAUCGAUCUUGCUCUCCUUCAACUUAUUUACCAUCAUGAUUAUGUACCCAGCAUUGAUUUCACUGGAUAUUAAGAGAAGGAAACGAGGAGUCAGAGAUAUGACUUUCUGCUGUGGAAAGAAGAACAAGAAGCAAUUACAGCCCGAGGAAAGUAGCAAUCAGCUGGUCAAGACAGCCAGUGUUGACAAACAUACGGGCGAGUUCAGUUUGCCUGUCGAGAACAAAGUCCCGGAUUACAAAUGGUAUACUCUGGAAGGGUUCAUGAUUGGAUAUUACAUCCCUUGGCUGAGGAAGCCGGCUGUAAAAGUGUUCAUCCUCUUGGGUUGUUUGACCAUGUUCGUAUCUGGUUGCGUUGGAUUAUAUAAAUCAAAGAUUGGUCUGGAGCUGGCUGAUGUCCUUCCUGAAAACACGGCUCCCUCAGCCUUUUUGAAAGCCCGUGAAGAAUAUUUUAGUUUCUAUCCAAUGUUUGCUGUCCUCAAGGGAGCUGAGGUUGAUUAUCCUAAUCAGCAGGCAAAGAUUGAACAGCUAAGGCAAGAUAUUGGUGGGUAUUCCUCUUUAUUGAUACUGGAUUCGAUGAUUUUAAUAUUAUCAUUACAACUUGUGUUUUAGCCAAGUCAGGUUUUAUCAUCAAAGUGGACGGCCAUCCAAGCGAGCCUUACUGGAUGAUGAUGAUGCGAGUUUGGUUGCGAUCUGUCCAAAAGGAGCUUGACCGUGGAGUGUCAGAGAAAUUGAUCGAUCCGGUCACUGGAAACUUUAGCUGGACCGAUCGCCGAGUCACCGAUGAUAUGAGAUUGGCCAGAAGACUGUUAUGUUCUUAUGGAAACAAGUUUAAUUGCACUGGAAGGGUAAGCUUGGCCGCGGAAGAAGAUGUUUCUAGAUUGGAGUUGUAAAACUGAUCGAAUCCGACGACACCAUCAAUCCAGAAGGCUUCUACAAUUACCUGACUGGCUGGUUCAACAUCGACAAUAUGAUGUAUUACGUGUCCCAGGCCGCUUUUUUCCCCAGUCCACCUCGGUGGGGAUUCAGUCCAAAGGAAGAUGGCAUCGUCCCUCCGGCUCCUCAUCUUCUUUAUUCCCAGAUUCCCUUCUACGGCACUCAUCUCACUGACACUCCAGUAAUUGUGGAGAUGAUACGGGAGAUCAGAGCAAUCUGUGAGAAGUACACCGAUGAUGGGCUUCCAGUCUUUCCCUCAGGCAUUGCUUUCACCUUCUGGGAACAGUAUCUUCAUCUCAGUUACUUCUUGGUGUUGGCUAUUGUCGUCAUUGCUGCCGCAGUUCUUGUUGUUAUAUCAAUCAUCGUUUUCAACCCAUGGGCCGCUGCUAUGGUCGCGAUUGUGGUCGUGUCCAUGACUGUAGAGCUGGCUGGUUUCAUGGGACUGGUUGGGGUAAAAUUGAAUCCCAUCUCAGCUGUUACUCUGGUCACUGCUGUGGGUAUCGGAGUCGAAUUCACUGCUCAUGUUGUGCUGGCCUUCUUGACCUCUCUCGGAACAAGGGAUGAGAGAAUGGUCUCCUGCAUGGAGCACAUGUUCAUCCCUGUCAUCCACGGGGGUUUGUCGACUCUUCUUGGAAUCAUCAUGCUGGCCUUCUCUGAGUUUGAAUUUGUAGUCAUCUACUUCUUUGUGGUGAUGUCUGCUUUGAUCAUCAUUGGUAUGAUCAAUGGGUUGGCUAUGUUGCCAGUCUUAUUGUCAUUGAUUGGUCCUCCAUGUGAGGUAGUUCCCGCCGACGGUGGUCGUGUUCUUGCGGUUCCACCACCUUUGAAUAAAAAAAGAAAUGAUAAGGUGCCACUCUCUGAAAGUAAGCAAAAUAAUAGUUUUAUUAAUUUAUCAUUCAGAGAAAGGUGAAUCUUCUGCUUCGUCGUCUUCGUCUUCGACUGAGACCAGCUCUAACUACCACGAACAUCUUGCUACUAUUGAUGAGGAAUGUCAGACCGAGAGUAAUCCCCCUUCAUCUCUGACAAAAGAUGACGGUCGAAAGGGCGAGUCUGACCCUAACUCGGUGCAACAACGUUUCUAA